CGUGUAUCGACGACGAUGGCGCAAACGAGCAUGUUUUUCACGACCGUCUAGACCUCGUCCGCCGCCCGUCUGCGCGUACAUUCUACAUAGUGUUCGACACUAUCGUCGUGAAUAUAAUAUCUAUAAAUUAUUAUUUAUUAUUAUAACCGUCUAAAAAUAAAAACCAAAACGACGUGCACGCCUUAUGUCGCGGGUAUAAUAAUCGUGUGUGUGUGAUAACGUGAAUGACAUCGACAUUUGACACGGAUAAUAUUAUUCACUUCCUACGGAAAUAGGUACGGAGUGCCAUCGACCACCGACGCUCAGCGAAGAUACCGCGUAAACCCACCAACUCGAUACGACGCCGUUGAUCGGUGCACGCAGCCCCGCAGUGACGACGUUCUGUAGUUCUGUACAAUUAUUUUCGUUUUCCCGCGGUCGAAUUCGCGUUGACGCUCUUCCGCUGCCAAAAGUUAUUUUUUGUAUCGUCGAGCGCGCGCGUGAGUGUGUCCCGCAGCAGGCUGCUGUCGUUCGAUCGUUCGGUCGUUCGGUCGCCGUCUACAUGGUUUGCGUGCGUGUCGUCGACAGUCGUGGCGCCAAAAAGCCAAUCGUCGUCCCCGUCGUGCCUCUGCGGAUUCGGUGGCGCACCUUACAGGAAUAAUAUCAUAAGAAACGUCGACCAAUCAUUGCAAGAUGCAGAAAACAGUGACGCAAAUAAUAAUUUUAAAACAAAGACAGUUUAGAUGUUCAAAAAUACUAACAGUUUGUCCAUGUGUGAAUUUUAUAUUAAAUUAGUGUUGAAUAAGUGAUCAUGGUUAAAUUUUAAAUUUUUUUUCUAUCAACGCAUAAGUAAAAAAUUAAAAAUGGUGGAUACACGCACAUUAACUGAAUCAGCUGAGAAAGAAAGGCAAGAAAUGGAACACCUAACUAAACUUAUGACUAUGAAAUCAGCUCAAAUAAUUGUACAGUCAAGAAUGGGUGAAAGACUGCAUACUUAUUGUACAAAUCAGAAUAGUUCGAUGAAUGUUGCAAUAAAGGAAAUCCCAGACGUAGUAACCGAAACAAAACUAGCAUUAAGCAACGGGCUUGGAGAUUCUGUGCCUUUAUGCGUAGAAAUAUUUUUGAAAACGGUUGAUGGGGAUACGAUGACGUUAGAAACAUGGAGUAUUGGUUUAUUAGCUGAAAGUGCCUUUGAUCCUUUUUGUUCUCGACACUUAGUUUAUACUCUAUAUAACAGAUUAGGAAUUCUGUUGAAAUCAUUAGUGUCAGUUUCUCGAGUAAUACCUGCUUAUCGGUACUCAAGACAACAAUCGCAUGAUUCUUUUCAAAUUCAUCAUCGAAUUUAUGCUGGAGAACCUCAAGUCCAUACUCUUGGAAAAGAAUAUAAAGAAUUACAAAUUGGCCAAGUGUCAAUGCCUAUAGGGACCAUUCAAGUGACAGUUUGUUAUCGUACCUCUAUGACAUUAACAUCUCAACAAGAUCCAAUCAUGUUAAAAAGUGAUCAUUUUCGAAAAGAGUAUAGCCCACGGCACAAUCAGAUAAUCAAAACUCCAAUUGAUCAGUCCAGAACAGCAUACAUCAUGGAUGAUUGGACAGUGGGUGCUUUUUCAGACAGUCUUGAAGAUAAAGUUAAGAAACUUAACCUAUAUCGUAUUCCCGAGUUUCCGAAAGAUACAUUCAUAAAGCCCAGAAAACGAGCCGAAUAUUGGCCACCACACAUGGUGCCUAGUAAUCAAUUGCAGAAACUCCAAGAGUCGACAAAUGAAAAUAACAAUUCAGUAACAUCUUCUGUCCAAAAUAACAAAACUUCUACAGUGAACAACGCUGUGGUGAUAAGCACCGGAGUAUCCAAUAAUGUCAAUACAACUGAAACCAAGAACAAAUUCAAUCAUUCAAUGAACACAUCCAGUAAUGAGGCCAUCAAUGAUUUUAUUUUGGUAGAAUUGGGCCAGUCUGUAAAACCUCUAUCAACUGAAGAUUUUUGCCGGAGACGUAGUUGUGAUACCAAUCCGUUACAAUUUAAGCCUGCUGCAUUUUCCGAUUCAAAUCCAAACAUUGAAUUGGCUCUCUUCUAUCAAAAGUUUCUCGGUGCUCCAUCAUUGAAAGUUCGUCCUGAUCAUUUGAAUGUCUAUAACCACCUGUCUGAAAUUGUUGAACAAAUUAAAUCGUUUGAUGAACGUAUGGUAGAAUUUGACAGGGUAGUAUUAGACUUAUGCCACAAAGAUGAUGACAGUGAAUAAAAUAAUUGAAAAACAUACCCUCCGUAAUGUUUGUAACAAGACUGACUGUCAAAACGAG